GUUGACGAGCGUUCCUUAGGCUCGCCUUGGACCGAGCCAAGUCGAACGGAGUCAGCGGAGUGGAGCUUCGCGUUGCCCGCGUCGCGCGCCUUCCGUCGCGUCGGCCUGUUGUCAAAAUCAGCUGCCAUUGCUGACUUCGGUGCUCCUUCUCUUUUCUCUAUUUUCAUUCGCCAUGAAAGUCGUCGCAUCGGCGAUCUCGCUGUACCGUCGCGUACGCUCUUGAUUCCCCUGAACGCUCUUCUUUUACGAUUCACGCUUCUUCGUCUCGUCUUUUCGUUAUCGUGACCUCGGGGAAAAAAGUGCCAAUUAAGCAUUGCGGAAAUUUUCUUUAUGUACGAUCGAUUUAUUGUCAAGGCUCGGAAGGCUGGAACCUCGAUUUACAUCAGCAAAGCAAAAAAAAGAAAACGUCAAGACAGAACAUUUAUAAAAGUUAGUGUGAGAAGUAAGUGGAUGGUGAAUUUGUUAAGGACAAUAUAGAGAGUAAGGGUAAAAGAUAAGUACGAAAGUGGUAAAUGCAGUGGCUGAAGAAGCGAUGGACCCAUCGUUGUUUGUCGCAUACACUCCUCAAACAAACGGAGUUCCAUCGGAGUCCAAGCUUGCUACCUACAUGAAUCACCAAAGUCCUGGCAUAGGCUUGAGCACAAACUCAAUGACCAAGCAUUUGUCCAACCUUUCUCUGGACUCACAAAAGAAGGUAACUGCCAGUCCCGAAUUUGUGCCAGGAAGAGGCCUUACGGGCAGCAAUAGUAGUUCGCCGAAUCUCUUUAACAACUCCUACACCCAUUCACAAGAAAAUGUAGGUGGCACAACAUACUUCUAUUUUGGGAAUACUGGCAGUGACGCUGUCGGAUCUGAGGAUGGCACUGAGGCCAUUGGACCCGUAGCAACGGGACAGAUUGGUUACGUCUAUCCGGGUACACCUUCACAUCUACAACCUGUGAAAACGGCAAAACCACCCUCUUCUAAUAAUUCCUCUGCUCCCUCCACACCUCCUCCUCAGGCCGCUCCCAGCUUCUUUGUCAGUGAAAGCUUGCGAAUGGACAUCCUGCAAAAGAACGCAUUGACAUUGGCACAGCCCGAUAUCGUACGAUUUCCUGACUUACCUAAUGAGGUUGACAAUUAUCACGAACUAUGUCCUCUGGAGCCAAUUCAUAAACCCGCUUCGACGGUUCUUGGGUAUCAAACUUCCACAUACAAGGCCACCAGUAUCAAGACUGGCACGCGAUACUGUUUACGUCGUAUUCACGAUUUCCGACUCGCCAACACCAAAUGUAUGGUACUGGUUGACAUGUGGAAACGAUUGUCACACACAAAUCUAGUUCAGCUGAGAGAAGUUUUUACCACUAAGGCAUUCGGUGAUCAUUCCAUGGUUUUUGUAUACGAUUAUCACCCUGCCUCGGAGACAUUACUGAAUAAACAUUUUGCCUCAACUGAGCUUAACGGUUACACCGACCCGUUCUCGUCGGAUCCCAAUGCACCACGGCCUUAUAGUCAUACCAAGAACACUAUUCUAAGACAGCAACAUAGUAGCAUGCUACCGGAAAGUGUUAUUUGGAGCUACAUCAUUCAACUCACUGCCGCAUUUCGUGUUAUUCAUGCCGCUGGUUUGGCAUACAGAUGCUUAGAUCCUACCAAGGUAUUACUUACAUCACGAACACGACUUCGUUUGAGUUGUGUCGCCAUUCCAGACGUGGUUACUCUAGAUGGAAACACUGCAAAUCCGCUUACCCUCAUCCCACAUUAUCAGCAAGAAGAUUUAGUAGCACUUGGCAAGCUGGUCUUAGCGCUGGCAUGUCGAAGUCUUAUCGCCGUCCAUCGCGACAAUAUGUCAGCCUCCAUCGAGCUGAUUACACGUUCCUACUCCACCGACCUUCGAAAUCUUAUUCUGUACUUGCUGUCGAAUCAAUCCCGUAAGAGUGUCACGGAUCUCAUGCCAAUGAUUGGUGCAAGAUUUUAUACACAGUUGGAUGCCGCCCAGUUACGAUUGGAUGUUCUGGAGAACGAACUUGCCAAGGAACUAGAAAACGGACGAUUAUUUAAAUUGCUGGUCAAGUUAGCAACCAUCAACGAAAGGCCGGAGCUUAAUAUGGAACCUACGUGGGCAGAGACGGGCGAUCGUUAUAUGCUCAAAUUGUUUAGGGACUAUGUAUUUCAUCAAGUCACAGCUGAUGGAAGACCUUGGUUGGAUCUUGCGCAUGUUGUAUCCUGCUUGAAUAAACUUGAUUCGGGUUCGCAGGACAAGAUAUGCCUCAUGUCUCGAGAUGAGCAGAGUGUUUUAGUAGUAAGUUAUGCAGAGCUACGGCAAUGUCUGGAAACGUCAUUUGGUGAACUGGUACAAUCUACAAAAGAUGCUGUUUAAGGAUGUGUCCUCAAUAGCGCAUACUCCGAACCAUAAAUGUGAUAUCAUCACUUAGCGGUACUAUCAUUUUACUCUUUAUCGCAACGUUGGAGAGUGAGAACUGUCGAAUUGUGUUUGGUGAUAUAAGAAAUAACGCGCAACUCAGUUUUGUAUACAUAAUUUUGACCGUCAAAUUAAUUAGGUACGAACGCAUUACAAAUGCGUUGCAUUUAGGAUGUAAGAUGUUAAAUUUUCGGGUCUUUAAAUCUUAAGGAUUAAUAGGGUCCUUAAAUCUUUUUGGGUUUUUGGAUUUUCCAGUUUGGAUCUUAGGAUCUUUAGACAUAGGAAUUCUUAUUUAUAAUGAUAUUUUUGAUUUAAUCUCGGAUUUCAAAGUGUCAAAUUUUGUAAUCCUUGAAUUCAGCUUAACCUUUAAAUUCUUAUGUCAAACGAUCCUUGGAUCUUUGGAGUUUUGAUCUCUUGGAAGUGGCGAAGCGUGAGUCUUGAAGGGUAUCAUGUGAUUUCGCGAAUCAGCGAGGAUUUGGAUUCGCUAUAAAGCCCAUUACGGUACUAUACAAAAUUGUACACAACUUAACAAUGCAGUAAACUCAUAAGGAAUCUUAAGACAACACCUAAACACGCUCGGUGUCUAGGAUAGAGAUCUUAGUUUUUAGGAUACAGCAUUAAUGGUAAGCAUUAAUUUUGAAAUAAAUGUUUAUUUUUG